CGGGGCGGGCUGUCCCCGCGCAUGCGCGCUGGGCGGCGGCGGCGGGCGGAGCGGGGGGGGCGGCGGCCGGACCCGCAGCGGCCCCGCACGGGGGGCCGGGCCCCGCGGCAAAGCCAGAGAUGGCGGAUUCCUAUGCCUGUAAAGGUGGAAGGAAAACUGCAGGCUCGAACAAACCCGCUGCCAGCAAAGAAAGCAGGACAGAGACAAGGAUAAACCCGCCGGCAGAGCUGCCCAGGCUCGGAAAUGCAACCAGUGACAAAACGGAAGGCAGGAAGAAAGGACGACCCAAGGCUGAGAACCAGGCGCUGAAAGACAUCCCCCUUCCCCUGAUGAAUCAGUGGAAGGAUGAAUUCAAAGCCCACUCCAGGGUGAAAUGUCCCAAUUCUGGGUGCUGGUUGGAGUUCCCCAGCAUUUAUGGCUUGAAGUACCACUAUCAACGCUGCCAAGGGGGUGCAAUUUCAGAGAAGCUGACCUAUUCAUGCUCGUACUGCGAAGCUGCCUUCACCUCCAAAACCCAGCUAGAAAAGCAUAGGCUCUGGAAUCACUUGGACCGGCCAGUGCCAACCAGCAAAGGAGAAAACAAAGUGCUGAAGGCCAUUGGGAAGAGUAGCGGCAAGAAAAGAGCUGCUGAGAGUUCAGCUUGCCCCACCAUCCAUCCCAAACAGGCAAAGACGGAAAAAGCCGUAACCCAUGACCACGCCGAGAAUGGCGAGUGCCUGGCGGAGAGUCGGGAGAGCAAGGAGUUUCAGAUUGCAGCAGCCGAGGCAAUUGCAGCCGCCACCCCAACGGCCAAGUCCUCAAGUGGCAAGGACGCUGCACAGCAGGGGGGCAGCCAGGCCUCGCUGCAGGAGGAAGACCCCGAGAGGAUGAAGCACAGAAGGAAACAGAAAACUCCUAAGAAAUUUACGGGGGAGCAGCCGUCCAUCUCGGGGACGUUUGGCCUGAAAGGUCUUGUUAAAGCAGAAGACAAGGCGAAAGCCCAUCGAGCCAAGAAGCUCGAGGGAAGCACCAACAUGGAGGAGCUGAAAAAGAAACCUCCAGGAGCUGGUGUGAAGAAGGAAACCGCUGUGCAUGUACCACCAGCAAACCCCGAGGACCAGUGGCAGCGAGAGAUCAGCGAGAAGGGAGAAGUCGCCUGUCCAACCUGCAGCGUUAUAACCAGGAAAACAAUUGUGGGGCUCAAAAAGCACAUGGACGUCUGCCAGAAACUGCAGGACGCCUUGAAGUGUCAGCACUGCAAAAAGCAGUUCAAGUCCAAAGCUGGGCUGAAUUACCACACCAUGGCCGAACACGUCAGCAAGCCUGUUCCUGUGGAAACCGCUGGACUUGGUGAACAGGAAGAGCGGGAAAGGCUGAGGAAAGUGCUAAAGCAGAUGGGAAAACUGAAAUGCCCCAAUGAGGGCUGCGUGGCCAACUUCUCCAGCCUAAUGGGCUACCAGUACCACCAGAAGCGGUGUGGGAAGCAGCUCACCGAGGCCGACAAGCCUGUCUUCAGCUGUCCACACUGUGGCAAGAAGUACAAAUCUAAGGCUGGCCACGACUACCAUGUGCGGUCAGAACACACGGCCUCGGUGAGCCCCCCGGACGCCUCCGCAGCCCGAGGAGCGGGGCCAUCCCCUGUCGGGGGUGACUGCAGAGCUGCAGAGCCUGUGGGCAGGACAGAGCCGGGCAGGGCCGGGCCGGGCAAGCCUCCAGAAGAGCCAGAGGUGAAGCCAGAGCCUGGCCCCAUAGAAGAUUUUGAAAGGACCCCGAGUGGCCGCAUCCGUCGGACGUCGGCACAAGUAGCCGUCUUCCACCUUCAGGAGAUAGCAGAGGAUGAGCUCGCGAAGGAUUGGACCAAGCGGAGAAUGAAGGACGACCUGGUGCCUGAAACAAAGCGGCUCAAUUACACCCGACCGGGGCUUCCAAAGCUCAAUCCGAGGCUGCUGGAGAACUGGAAGAAUGAAGUGAAGGAGAAGGGCCACAUCAACUGUCCCAACAAUUGCUGUGAAGCCAUUUACUCCAGCGUCUCGGGGCUGAAAGCUCAUCUGGCCAACUGCAACAAGGGGGACCACUCGGUGGGCAAGUACCGCUGCCUCUUGUGCCAGAAGGAGUUCAGCUCCGAAAGCGGGGUCAAAUACCACAUCAUCAAGGCUCACUCAGAGAACUGGUUCCGAACCUCCGCAGAGGCCAGCAGGAAAAAGAAAAGCAGGGAACAGCUUUCUUCCAGCAAAGAGGAGAAAAAGAAAAGCACAAACGGGAAGAAAAGGGGAAGGAAACCCAAGGAGAGACCUCCAGAAACGUCCCUGAAGGGCAGAGAGAGCGUGGCAGCAAAGACUAAUCACAAGAAAACCCUCGAGCACUGGGAAGGCUCCCGAGGCGGCCCUGAUGGGGAUGAGUGCGUCCCCAAGCCCCUGAGCCAGCGGAAGGGGGGAGCCAGUAAGAUGCCCGAGAAAUGAGCAGCUCAGAGACUUGUCUCCGAGGAUUCGUUUACAGCCCAGGGUAACAGGGUGGGGGUCUCUCCCGGUUUUCUGUCCCCCUACGUUCCACCUCCCCACCCUCCACUCACUCCCAUUUUACAAGAAAAAAAGAAAAAAAA